CGUAAAUAAGACGAGAGAAAUGUUGGCGAAAUGGAACUUUGAAGGAGAGGCAGGAGAGGGUGCCUGAGCCAGGGUGUGCACUAUAAAUUCCACUCGCUGAGUUCAUCACCAUUCAAACCACUCAACCUCUCUCUCUCUCUCUCUGGUCGAAGUUUGGGCUUUUUUAGAAAGCUAGAGAAAGGAAGCUUUAAAAUAAAUAAUAUAUAUAUAUAGAGAAAAAAAAGGGAGAGAAAAGGCAACGGGAAAGGAAGCUCUGCGAACCCUAGAAGAAUAGGGGAGAGAAGCGUGGCUCGCAGAUACGAAAUGACGCGUUUGACCUUGUCAUUUUUGCUUUUUAAUUAGUUUUCUCUUGUUUGUUGGGCUGCCUCACCCCUCUCUCUCUCUCUCUGUCUCUCUCGGUGGCUGGCUGGGAAGAAUAUUGCAGUAGAUUGCGGGACAAAUAAUAAGAUUCUGAAACUUGCUCGUUGUUGUCAAAUUCUAAUCAAUUAGCUGUCAAGCUCCGCUUGGUUCCUUGAAUCUUAAAUUACAGCAUGGUUGCCGCUGCUGCUACUUCGUCGAUCUUUCCAGUUCCCUCUCCAUCUGCGGAUGCCAAGUCCACCAAGAUUGGCAGUGGAACUGCAAGUUUGGGAGGAAUCAAAUUGAAAUCUGCUUCUUCUGGGGGCUUGCAGGUCAAGGCAAAUGCCCAAGCCCCUCCCAAGAUAAAUGGAUCCCCAGUAGGCUUCACAACAACAUCUGUGGAAAAUGUGAAGAAUGAGGAUGACAUUCCUUCACCCCCGCCUAGGACCUUUAUCAACCAAUUACCUGAUUGGAGCAUGCUUCUUGCUGCUAUUACAACUAUUUUUUUGGCAGCAGAGAAGCAGUGGAUGAUGCUUGACUGGAAACCAAAGCGACCUGACAUGCUUAUUGACCCCUUUGGUCUAGGUAGAAUUGUUCAGGAUGGACUUGUGUUUCGCCAGAACUUCUCCAUCAGAUCUUAUGAAAUUGGUGCUGAUCGUACGGCAUCUAUAGAGACGUUGAUGAAUCAUUUACAAGAAACGGCUCUCAAUCAUGUAAAGACUGCUGGACUUCUUGGUGAUGGAUUUGGUUCAACCCCAGAGAUGAGUAAAAGGAAUCUGAUAUGGGUGGUCACUCGUAUGCAGGUCCUGGUGGAUCGUUACCCAACUUGGGGUGAUGUUGUUCAAGUGGAUACUUGGGUGGGUGCAUCUGGAAAGAAUGGUAUGCGCCGUGAUUGGCUUGUCCGUGACAGUAAAACUGGUGAAACUCUAACAAGAGCCUCUAGUGUGUGGGUGAUGAUGAAUAAACUGACAAGAAGGUUAUCUAAAAUUCCAGAACAGGUUCGAGCGGAAAUAGAGCCUUAUUUUUUAAACUCUGAUCCUGUCGUAGAUGAGGAUAGCAGAAAAUUGCCAAAGCUUGAUGACAACACUGCAGACUAUGUUCGCAAAGGUUUAACUCCUAGAUGGAGUGACCUAGAUAUCAACCAGCAUGUUAACAAUGUGAAGUACAUUGGCUGGAUCCUUGAGAGUGCUCCACUCUCAAUCCUGGAAAGUCAUGAACUGUCUGCCAUUACUAUGGAGUAUAGGAGGGAGUGUGGAAAGGACAGUGUGCUGCAGUCUCUGACUGCCGUGUCUGGCGAUGGGAUAGGAAAUAUAGGAAAUGCUGGUGAGAUUGAGUGCCAGCACUUGCUUCGACUUGAGGAUGGGGCUGAGAUAGUGAGGGGAAGGACUGAAUGGAGGCCCAAGUACGCCAGCAACUUCGGGAUUAUGGGUCAGAUUCCUGCUGAAAGUGCUUAAGGAAAUCUUCUUCUUAUUGGCAUUAAUCUUGUUUUGUCGCAAUGCCUGUGUAGAAUCGUCCUUUUGUUCACUUCUUGAGAGUUAUAUAUUUUUCUUCUUUUAUAUAUAUAUAAAUAUAUUUAUUUUUUUUUUUCUGAUUUCUUGGCAAAGGAAAGUUGUAAGCUCAUGUAAUUAGUUCUUGCUGCAAACUCUCUCUCUCUCUCUCUCUCUCUCUCUCUGCUGACGUGGUUCUACUUUUUGAACAUGAAGAGCUCUAUUUAACAUGCCAACACAGCCUGUUAAACUUGGUCCU